AUGUCGGGUGCCCCAGCAGUUGUCAUGGUGUGGGAUAUCGGAAAGUGGUGGUUUCGGAAGGAGGAUGGAAAAGUUGCGUUGGUGAAUAACGGAGAAGAUUUGGGAACCGUUGAGGAUAUCUUAGAAGGAAACACGUUUGGCUCUCUGAAGAUCAUACUGGAGUUGGGCCCGCCCACGAAGCUCGCAGUGAGAAACUUUGACCCCGAGGCGAACGACUUCUGCGGGCAGUUUAAGGAAGCCGGCCGCUCGGGGUCCAGGAGGGCGUUCCUGGAAUGUUGGGAGACGGCUAAGGUUAACCCUGGGUCAGUUCCUGUGGAGAAGCCCACGGCCGAAGGCUCCUCUGUGACCGAAGCGACAACGACCGCACCGGAAGAGGCAGAUAGUGACGUGGUCAAGCGGCAUUUUGUCGGUAACUUCGAGAUACCGGUAGACAGGAUGGUCUCACCUCACUGGAGGCGGCUUUGCCGUCAACCCGAGCCAAGCCACGUGGAGGACUUAAGGGUGAAGUUCAAGGCGACACCUGACAUGUCCUUCACGGUGCUGGCUGUCCACCUUCCCGGGAUAACGCCGGAGGCCUUUCAGCCCAACGAGAUCGCCACAUACGAGUACGAAGUGCUGGGGGGCAACCACACACGCCUGGCUUUGCAGAAACUUCGUCAGGAGCAGCCCGACAACACCAGCUUCCAGACGCGCAUGGCCAAGGUUUACUGUGGCCUACCAGACAGCCUGGCUAAGAGAGUUGGCAUUGUGCACAACGAUGCCAAUUUCUACCUGCCGGCCGUUCUGAAGGACCGCCUGUACACCUUCCGUGCGGCGGUCUACGCAGAAGCCGGGUUUACGGACGAGGCCAGCCUUACCACAGUUGAGCCACCCCGCAACAAGGCCACUGAGGGAAGGUGGAAAGAUGGCCUGUGCACUAUGCUCGGGAUUGUGGAUACGCAGAACACAUCUAAAAGAAAAAUCCUGUCCAACCAGCACGGUGUGGAGGUGCGGCUGGCCAUGUCCUCCUGCAGGGUGUGGGCAGCCGUGACCCAGUUCAUUGCAAGGUGGGAGGAGGGGCGGAUCCGCAAACAGCCUAGGUCAGCUGGGAGGCGGCACGAAAUCAAGGGUCACCACCUGCGCUUCCUCAACAAGCGGGAAACGGACGACGAGAAGGUAGACGUGCUGGAGAAGCUCAUGAGCGGCGAGCUCGAAUAUAAGUUCGACUUGAAGAAGGUGCAGGACAAGGACGCCGGUGGCAGCGCCGAAGCAAGCACCACCAAGCAGAGGUCAAGCAGAGCAGAAAAGGAUACUCCCGGGAAAGACGACUCCAUAUGUGCACCAAAGACCGCUGGCGGGAGCGAGGCCACACAGCCGGAUAAGCAGAAAGACGACACCAUUGCACAGCUGAGGGCUGAAGUAAAAAGGCUGGAGAAGGAAUUGCAGUGUCUGAAGGAGACGCACAAGAAGACGGAGGGUGACCUGCUGAAAAAGCUGGAGGAGGAGAAGGCCAGCUGUAAGAACCUGCAGUAUGAAAAGGCACAAAUGGAGGAAGAGCAGAAAAGGCUGCUUUGGGAUCUUGGAAAUCUGAGAGAGAAAUCCAAUGAAGGAUCGCAGAUCAGUGACGAGAACGAGCAAGCAACAUCGAAAGGACUAGGACAAAAACGACAUGUCAGCGGUGAGGGAGGUGACGCUGAUCAGGCAGUACGUGCGAAGUCGCGAAGGACUGCUGUCAAUAAGGACCCCCUGUACAAGGUCGGCGACUUCGUCGUCAUCGCCGGCGAAGCUAACGAUGGCAAAGACAGGGUGCCAUGGUUUGCCCGGGUCAUAACCACCGACCCGGCCAAACAACGCCUGACCCUCCGGUGGUAUGUCCCCAACAAGGAGGGCGUGUACGAGAGGGAAGUGCUUGACGGCAAGCCCCUCAAAGACGAGAGCAUCAGGUAUGCUGAAAUCCUUACCUCUGUGCAGCUGACAGACAGGAUGACACUGCCAGAGGAGGAAAUGUCAAAGGCCUGGAAGGCAUUAUAACUUCCUCAUAAAACCUAUGGAUGGCGCGAAAUACGUUUUUUCCCUUAUGCUCAAAAUUCACAUGUAUUGUCAGUUGACAUUGUCUUUAUUUUGUUUGCAUUUUUUAUGCCCUUUUAGUACAAAGGAAGAUAACCACACCAGUCCACAGAAAUAUUUUAUUUGUGACAGGUCAAAUUUACCCCAAAUUGACCCAGCUCUUUUAUACUCAAUACACUUUUCUCUGCUGUGUGAUGCGUAUUUCUACUUCUAGUCAAUGUAAAGUGUACUUAUGUUCUAAUUGGUGAACACCACCUGCCAUACAUGGGCUGUGUGGGGUCAACGUUAGUGCGAAUUAUGUUUUCUGUCGUUCCGCUCAAGUCCAAUGGCAUUGACAUGUUUUUUUUUAUAUAGUCAUAGAAUAAUUAGUUCAAGUCAAGAUGG